AUGGGGAAGGCUGGGAACGAGAGGAGAGGCGGCAGCAGCAGCGAGGCGAGCGGAGGGCUGACAGGGGAGCAGGAUAGGGGGAGCAGGGGGGGCGAGGAAGCGGAGGAGGACGGGGAGAAGGAGCAGAGGAGGCGGAGUGGCGGAGGGCGGAGGGGAGCAUCGGUGGUGAACAGGGGGGCGUGGACGGCGGAGGAGGAUGAGCGGCUGGCGGCGCUGGUGGCGGUGCACGGGGCGAAAAACUGGAGCGUCAUCGCUGCUGGUAUCCCUGGCAGGCCGGGGAAGAGCUGCCGACUCAGGUGGUGCAACCAGCUGGACCCGGCGUUGAGGCGAGGCCAGUUCACGGUGGAGGAGGAUGCGCGCAUCAUCACAGCGCACGCCAUCCACGGCAACAAGUGGGCCCUCAUCGCCAAGAACCUUCCCGGACGCACGGACAACGCCAUAAAGAACUAUUGGAACUCCGCCAUGCGCCGCAAGUACCCUCUCCUGCGCGGCCUCUCCACGCCCCCUCAAGGCCCCCCACACUCCGCCCAGGCCCACUCCGCACAGUCCCACUCCGCCUCGCCCUCCCACCCUGCACCAGCGCAGCCCCAGCCCUCCCACGCGCCCGCCCUCCCCUCUGGCAACCAGCAGGGGGGAGAGGAGGGCGCGUACGAGCGGGCAGUGCGGUUUGUGGCGGGCGUGCAGGCGAGGGGCGUGGCGGCGCUGGUGGAGGAGGUGGAAAGAGUCAGGGAGGAGGGCGUGGGGCGCAUCCGCAAGAUCCUGGAAGGUUCGCCCCUGGGUGAUGCGGCGCUGCUGCAGGCGAGGGAGGUGGGUGUAAGCGAGGGAGACGAGAGGGAAGAAGGAAUGGCCGAGGAGAGCGAGGAGUGGGGGGAUGGAGAGCAGCAGACGGUGCAGGGAGCAGGGGAAUGGGAGACAGUGCAGGGGGAGGCGAGGGUAGGGGGGUGGAGGGCGAGUGAGGCGAUAGAGGGGGGGAGAGGAGUGAAGCAGGAAGUAGAGGAGGGGGUGGAUGGCAUAGAAGAUUAUAGAGGGAUGGAAGAGGAGGGUGGAUUGUGUGCUCCGGAGCUACACGCCUCAACAGCAUGUGCUCUCCCUCCGCCCCUGGCACAGUGUGACGUCGUGCCUUUUGCCAGCCAGACUGCCGCCAACAUCAGCCAUGCGACCCAUGCGACGAGGGCGAGUGGUGGCAGUGACAGCACGCACGCUGGGGGCGUGCCUGUGGAGGCUCAUGAUGCGGAUGACUUACUGGGGAAGGUGUUUACUGCAGUGCAGGUGACAGGGGGCGAUGAGAGCUUGUGCACGCACAGGGGGUGUGAGGCCGAUGAACAGUGUAAGGCAGCCGCGAGACAAGGGGAGAGGCAGGGACAAGAAUGGGAAAAGGAAGGAGGCUGUGCAGGAGAGAGAAUUGAGAUUUCGGAGGUUACGGAGGAGGAAAGCAGAGGGCAGCAGGGGAUGGAAGUCUGUGGGUCAGAGAAAGAGAAGACCCUUCCCACAGCCAAUGCAAGACUGCCACGUGGCAGGGCAGGGGCAGUGUGGGGCACGCGUGCGGCGGCACGUGCAUCGAGUAUUGGCGUCGGCAUGUGGGGUGGCCCGGCUGCUGCUGGAGGAGCUGCAAUGGCGGCACGGAAUGGUGGAGGGGCGAGCCGACGAGGAGGACGUGGAGGAGCGGUGGGGAACGUAAGAGGAGAAGGUGGUGAGGGGCCACAGGUGGUAGAUCCGGUGGGGGAUGUGCGUUGUUGCAGUGAUGAGCGGUGCUGCUCGGUGAGCAGUGGUGCUGAGGGUGCAGCUGAGGGCAUGGCAUGCCGGCAUGUGCUGGAUGCCAUGUUGGCUCGCCACCUUUCUCCCCCCGGCCCACCCACCCUCCCACCCGCGCUCUUUCCCCCCUGCUCUCCCCCCCUUGCUCUCUACCCCCCGCUCUCCACCCCUGCGCAUCCACCAGGGAUAGUGGCAGCGAGCGGGUCCCCCCGUGCAGCGCUGCUGCUGCUGGUGGCGUCAACGGUGUACCACGUGGUGGUGCGCGCAGGGCUCACCACGCUGUGCCUCACGCUGCUCGCCUCCUUCCUGGCCUGCGACCUGCUGCUCCUCCUCGCCUCCUCCCUCCAAGAUGACCCCGCCCAACCCGACUCGUCCCCCGCAAACCAGUCCCAAGCAAGCACUGCUGGGGGGGGGAGCCUGGGUGGGGGCGGGGAGAUAGAGCGCAUAGUGCGGUGCAGCAACCACUACGAGGUGCUUCGCCUGGCGCCCUUCUGUGCAGCUGUGGACGAGAGCGCCCUGAAGAAGGAGUACCGCCGCAUGGCAAUGCUAGUGCAUCCGGACAAGCAUGGGGGGGACGAGAAGAAUGCCAUAGUGGCUUUUCAACGCCUGCAGAGCGCAUACGAGGUACACCAUGUGCUUUCUUCAUACAUGACUCACUGA